CAAGUGUCGGGGCUUGGGCUCUCCGCCGCAAUGGCGAUGGCGACGGGCGGCAGCUCGGACCUGACGGCGCAGGGCGCGCAGUGGCUGCAGGGCGCCAAGGAGGCGGUCAUGCAGAUGACCAAGGGCGAGAAGAAGGACGAGGACGAAUCGUACUCGCCGUUUCAGUCGCUGCAGAAGGCGGCCGUGCUGCAGGAGUGCAGGUGCUUCAACGACCGCGAGAUCAACCCGCGGAAAUGCAUCAGCAUCCUGACCAAGAUCCUCUGGCUCCUGGCGCAGGGCGAGAAGCUGACCGCGCUUGAGACGACCGAGAUCUUCUUCGGCGUGACCAAGCUGCUGAUGCACAAGGACCAGCAGCUCCGGCGGCUCCUCUACCUCGUGCUCAAAGAGCUGAAGCCGAGCCCAGAGGAGGUGAUCAUCGUCUGCGCGACGCUCACAAAGGACAUGAACUCCAAGGUGGACCUGAACCGCGCGAACGCGCUGCGUGUGCUCGGCGCCAUCAUUGCGCGCACCGACCCGACGAUGCUGGCGCAGAUCGAGCGCCACCUCAAGCAGGCGCUCGUCGACAAGAAUUGCUUCGUCGCCGCGUCUGCGCUCGUCUCUGGCAUCCACCUGAUGCACGUCAACCCCGAGGUGGUUCGCCGGUGGGUCAACGAGGUACAGACGGCGCUGGCAUCGGACAACCCUUCGGUGCAGUACCACGCCCUCGCGCUGCUCCACCAGAUCAAGCGGCAGGACCGCCUCGCCGUCUCCAAGGUGGUUGCCUCGCUGACGCGGACGCCGCUCAAGUCGCCGCUCGCGCACUGCCUUCUCAUCCGGUUCGCCAAGGCGAUGAUGGAGGACGGUGGCUCGGAGCGCGACCGCGCGCUCUUCGACUUUCUCGAGGCGUCGCUCCGCCACCGCUCCGACAUGGUCAUCUACGAAGCGGCCACCGCCAUCUGCUCGCUCACGUCGGUGGCGCAGCGCGAGCUGUCGCCGUCGAUCACCGUGCUGCAGCUCUUCCUCUGCUCGCCAAAGCCGGCGUGCCGCUUCUCCGCCGUGCGCACGCUCAACAAGAUCGCGAUGGCGCACCCGAUGGCGGUGACCCCCUGCAACAUGGACAUGGAGGGCCUCAUCAACGACUCGAACCGCUCCAUCGCCACGCUCGCCAUCACCACGCUGCUCAAGACGGGCUCCGAGUCGGGCGUCGAGCGGCUGAUGAAGCAAAUCACGUCCUUCAUGUCCGAGAUCGCGGACGACUUCAAGAUCGUCGUCGUCGACGCGAUCCGCGCGAUGUGCCUCAAGUUCCCGCAGAAGCACCGGCUGCUCAUGACCUUCCUCGCAAACGUGCUGCGCGAGGAGGGCGGCUUCCAGUACAAAAAG